UGACUCACUAUGUACUAAAGGAAUAAAUUCCUCAAAAGGCAUGUGGGAAAAGCGGAUGAUGCCUUAGACUCAAGGAACAGCAGAAAGAUGGUGCAGGAGAUUGACAUCAAUGAGGAUCAAAGACGUUGCUUUGGAUUUCAGUGCAGAGCUCAACGCUCAUAUGUCCUCUCCAUCAUUUUGCUGGUCCCAUUGCUGAUGUGCUACCUGGAUUCCUCCGUAUUAAUAGAUACUUGGGCAUCAACGAUUGGAUUUCUUUCUGAGGCAUUCACCAUGCUGUCUACAUCGACAAGUUCUGACGAAUCGUGGAAACGUCCUGACAAAUACUACGUAGCUUAUCCACACGAGUAUCAUUUUGUUAUAAAUGAGCCAGAGAAGUGCCAAAGGGAAAAGCCUUUUGUGGUUUUGAUGGUACCAGUGGCUUCGAGCAACAAGGCCGCUCGGGAGGCCAUCCGAGACACGUGGGGUUCGGAGAAAUUGGUGGAGAACCAUAUUGUGAGCAUGUUUUUUCUGUUGGGUUUAUCGGCUCUUGAAGAAGACACAGCGCUUCAGGAACAACUGCAAGAGGAAAGCCAGAAGUAUCACGAUCUUCUCCAAAGUGAUUUUUUAGACAGCUACCAUAAUCUCACCAUCAAGACUAUGGUGAUGCUCGAAUGGUUGACUCUGUACUGUCGGAACGCUUCCUAUGUGAUGAAAGUCGACUCGGAUAUAUUUCUCAACGUGAACAACUUGGUGAAACUGCUUCUGUCUGCGCCAAAAGAAAACUAUAUGACUGGACUUGUAACCAGGGGUGGUGUGGUAGCUAGAAACCCAAGCUCUAAAUGGUAUCUCCCAAAAAGAGUUUUCAACCCGGUGGUAUAUCCAACCUACGCUUUGGGCUUGGGGUACGUGUUGUCUUUAGACCUGCCGGAGAAGCUUUUGGAAGCAGCAAAACAUGUCAAAGCGGUUUACAUAGAAGAUGUUUAUUUAGGAAUGUGCAUGAAGCAUUUAGGUAUAGCGCUAACGUUCCCUCCAACGGGAAGCUUAUUUAACAUUAAUCCUGUGAAAUAUAACCGCUGUCGAUACUCCAGACUCAUCGCCACCACUACUACAAGCUUAAGAGAUCAAGUCGAGUUUUGGAAGGAUUUGCAAAAAACAGACCCACCUUGUUAGGAUUCAUAUAUUAGUCUCACAACUGAAAUAAUUGAAUAAUUCAUUAUUUAAAAAGAUCAGUAAAGUAGGUAUUUGUUAAA